GGGAGGAGGAAGAGAGAUGAGGGCGGCUGCAGGCGGGCUAGGCCGUGCCUGAUUGCCGCCCGCGGGAACCGAGGCUUCGGCGGGGAGGGAGGCAGGGGAGGAGGAGGAGGAGGCUCAGGCCUGGGCUGCUGGCCGGGGCCUGAUGGCAGCUGCCUAGCCAGGCUCGUCCGGUCCAGCCCUAUGGCAGUCCCGCCUUUGCCCGCCUCGUUGGACCCUCGGAGGGUUCCAGCCUUUCCUGCGCCGCCAGCGCCGCUUCCCCUCUGACUCUCCCCCUCGCGUGGCUCUACACGGGGGGAAGAUAAGCAGAUUAUACAAGAAAUAUCUUAUUUUGCAAGAUAAAUUGGUUUUUAAAGAAGAAACGAAAGGAAACAGCCUUCAUGUUUGGGCUGCUUUUACUCAUCAGUUCCUGUGGAUAAAUCUCGACUAUCCACACUCCUGUCCAAAGAAGAAGAUGCCUGUGAUAAUCGAUCAGCUCCAGAUAAAUCAAGCAGGAGCCAUGGCCACCACAAAUCCUCUGGAGAACCUCCAAGUGGAAGCCAGCUGUUCUGUUUGUCUGGAGUACCUGAAAGACCCCGUGAUCAUUGAUUGUGGCCACAACUUCUGCCGGGUGUGCAUCACCCGCUGGUGGGAGGAUUUGAACCGAGACUUCCCUUGCCCCGUGUGCCGUAAGACUUUCCGCCACCGCUCUCUGAAGCCCAACCGGCAGCUUGGCAACAUGGUCGAGAUUGCCAAGCAACUCCAGGUCACCAAUAAGCGAAAGAUACGGGAUGAGAACUUAUGCGAGAAGCAUAAUGAAGUGCUUCGCCUCUUCUGUAAGGAAGACCAGGAGGCAGUUUGCUUAGCAUGCGAGAUCUCCCACCAACACCGUUCCCACACAGUUGUGUCCUUGGAUGAUGCCGCACAUGAAUACAAGGCAAAGAUGCAGAAAUGUUUGGGGCCAUUGGAAAAGAAAUUGCAAGAGAUCGCCCACUGCAAAUCCCGAGAAGAAAAGAAGGCUGGGGAACUCAAGCGGAAGGUUGAGGACCGUCGUCAGCUGAUCAUUAAUGAGUUUGAGGAGCUACACCUCUUCAUAGCCGACGAGCAGGACAUGCUAAUGCAAAGCCUAGAAAAUGAGGAGAAGGAAAUUUUACAGAAGUUGAAGGAAAAUGUGACGGAGCUGUCAGAACAACGGAUUGCCCUCAACAGCCUUAUCACUGAAAUCGAGGAAAAGUGUUUGCAGUCAGGCAUGGACAUGCUCCAGGACGUGAGGAGCACAUUUGAGAGAUGUGAAGAGGCGCAAGCCCACAAGUCAAGUCAGGUCUCCAUUGAGCUAGAAAAAAAUUUCUACAGUUUCCCAAGACAAUACUUUGUCCUGCGCAAAAUUAUUAAGAGACUCACAGGAGAUUUGACCCUCGACCCGGAAACAGCUCACCCCAACUUAGUGCUCUCCGAGGACCGCAAGAGCGUCAAGUUUGUGGAUCAGCGCUUGCGAGAUCUGCCCGAUAGCCCGAAACGCUUUACAAUCUAUCCUUGUGUGCUGGCCACAGUAGGUUUUACUUCAGGCCGUCACUACUGGGAGGUAGAGGUGGGAGAAAAGACUCACUGGGCCCUGGGAGUUUGUAAGAACUCAGUAAGCCGUAAAGGGGAGACAACCUCUCUCCCGGAGACUGGCUAUUGGCGGGUACGGCUACUCAAUGGAGACAAAUACGCAGCUACCACAAACCCCUUCACUCCGCUGCACAUCACUGUCAAGCCUAAGCGAGUAGGCGUCUUCCUGAACUACGAGGCAGGCAAGCUCUCCUUCUACAAUGUGACGGACCGUUCCCAUAUGUAUACUUUUACCGACGUUUUCACCGAGAAACUUUGGCCUUUCUUCUACCCAGGUAUCCGGGCUGGGCGCAAGAAUGCAGCCCCCCUAAUCCUCCGUCCGCCCACGGACUGGGAAUAAGGAAAUGACCAAACCCCCAUCUUCCUUUGCUACGCUUAGCCCUUGAAUUAUGUAGAGAGAGAGAGAGAGAGUUUUUCCAACUCGGCUUCUCCGUGGGAAAGAAAGCAGGCAUCAGUGGCCUGCCUACUAAGCCACGCCCAACCAGAAGCAGCAAAGCAUCACAGAAGGGAAGGGUUUUCACACCUAGUGUUUAAUGUCAGGCUUUUAAGGCUAUUAAGACUAGGAAAGGUUUGGAGAAGGCAAACCUUUCUUAAGGGGCAACAAAGACCUUGUCCUUUUCUGUAAUCUACAACUUCAGUUUCUGAAAUUUUGGAUUGCAGUUAAAUCUGGGGGGAAGAAAACCUGUUAAGCUUAGUCUAGUGUUUGGCAACGAGCCAUAUAGGAUUGCAUUGGCAGUGGGCAAAGCUGGUCAAAUGUGGGAAAGGUAAGCUGUUCUGUGCACUGUAGAGGGAGGGAAUCUCCCCUUGAAGGGGUUACAAACGUACUUAACAUUUGCUUGUAUAAAUGGUGGACAUUAUUUCUCGACAGCCUGUUUUUACUGGCAGGUGGAGUGGAUGCAGGAUAGGAGGAAGCUAUAUAGUGCAUAGCGAGAAUGCUAUAAACCAAGGAAAAUUAAGGAAAUCGUUCUCUCCAAGCUGAUUCUUCAAAGCCACCAAUGAAUUGCUGAAGCUUUGUUGAUCACUUGUGGCUGCAAUCAAGUGUCAGAAGCAGCCUCUGACAGAAAAAGUAUUGAAUCAGUCAUGAUAUUGAUUUAGCUACUGAAGGAAUGGCUUUCUGGUGGUAUGUUUGACGGCGUGUCUUACGAGUCGAAUGCAUUGUGAUUGUAUCAGAAGGGCUAGUGCACAACCUCUCCCAGCUCAUAGAUUUUGGCCUGCAAUAUUUCAGCUACGUAACCUCAGUUGCAAGUAGACUCCCUCAGAGCUAAAUUGAGUGUUGGGCACCUGGAUGGUGAGACAAAUAGCUUAUGGCAUUUGCCUAGUCAGGGAAAUUCCAGAUUCAAAAAGAAAAACAGGGAUCAGAAAUCAAAUACAGUCACUUUUCAAUGGCAUUUGAAUGUCUUCCAGUACUUCGCCACAGAUAUAAUCCCCUGUCCUGUGCUUUCUUCAGUAUAAUCCCUAGCGCCCAUUGACAGGUACUGCUGAGCCAAAAUAGACACAGGAGGACAUUUUCAGUGUAAAACUUCCCACCGAUCUUCUCCUCCCCCACUAAUCAAACACAUCUCUCUUCAGAUGGACAUUGGACAAAAGCCAAAAACUUUGCACAUUCAGAGUCCAGGUAAAUUGGGUUGACUGUGCAGUGACGUGCUAUCACCCUGCUGGCUACAGGAUCCGUAUUGAUCACUCUCAAAAUAUUCUUUGCUAAUUUAUUGCCCUCUAUGUUUGUUAGGGGACAGCUUAUAUAAUUCCCAGAUAUCAUGACCAAUGCUUGUACAUCAUGGAAACUUUAAUCCCAGUAUACCCAGCAGCAACAGUGGAAGGCUAUCUACCUUUGAAAGAAAAGCCUGUCUUGCUUUGUAUUAGUGUUUGGGCAAAAAAUACAGACGGGAAAAGAUAACAGCAAAUAUGUGGUUAAACAGCAUGCAAAAAAAUAAAGUGGGAGAUAUUA